AUGGCCCCACCAGCUUAUCAGAAGAAAACAAUUGGAGAAACAAGCGGAGAACUCGUGCCAAGCACCUCCCACCAAGCCGUCAACACACCAAAUCCACAGCCAAUGAUCUCUGACCUCUCACAAGAUACGAUCAAUGGUCUAAUGACUGCAUUUGGUGAAAUACAGAGAUUUGAGCAGAGAUUAGAGAGAAUCGAACAGUUUUUGGGCCCCGCACUAUACCAAAAUCCUACUUCAUCUCCCAAUCCUACUUCGCCUCUCAAUGCGACUUCGCUUCCCAGCAUUGAAAUACCACAGCAGAAACUCUCUCACACGUACGACUCGUCCUACCAUACAAAUCCAGGACACUUACGAGCGGAGGAGAUGGGAUACUUCGAUCUGCAACAGGCAAAUGUGGAGAAAACUGCGGAGAAAUCUACGGAGAAGAUUACGGAGAAGAACAAGAGCGCCAGCAGCAGCAGUGUUAUUCAAGCGGGCACAGUCUCCAUGAUUCCACACCAGGCCACUAUGUAUAACUGCGGAAAACCUUCCCCUCGCCUCAACAGUGCUCCACUUUCUACCUUACCUCUCGCCUCUCUUCUCGCCUCUCUUCUCAUCUCUCAACUCGCCUCUCAACUCGCCUCUCCGCUCGGCUACAUUCGAUUCGCGAAGGAUAUGGAGGCUAUAGGCCAAGGAUAG